UCGUCUGUCUUCGUCUCUCCGACCUUCGGUCUAUACUUCCCAUAAUUUUGUGAACUCGGUUUUAAAGGGGGUUGGGUCUGUUAUUUGUUACUUCACUAUACAAAUCAGGUGUUAGUUAAUUUAUCCUAGACAGGCAGUCUGUUUUUUAAAUAUGUGUUAUGUACGUGGAGCAGUUCCUUUGUAGACCAGUUUUCGCUGUGAUUAGUGGGUCAUAAAAUAGGUGUAGGUGUUUGUUCGGUAUGUGGCACAAUAAGACUGUGUUAUGAAUGAGGAGGCUCUCUUAGUACGGGCUGCCGAGGAACGGGAGCGUAUCUUCCAAAGAUACGAGAGAGGUAGAGAGAAUCUCGUCGGACAAAUCGAUCCAUGGGAAGAUCCUGAAUUUGAAGACUACCACAAAACUGAUAGAUAUGGAUUUAUUCAUGACGAGCGACUGCCACAAAAAACGGCGCCUCAAAAGGUCAAUGUUGAAGUGGAAAGAGAGAAGAAAUGGGUUAAGAUGCUCGCUUCGUGGGGCUCGCCCACAACUAAAGAAAAAUUGCACAGAAGAAUAUACAAAGGCAUUCCAAACUCGCUAAGAAUUAAAAUAUGGUGCAAACUACUUGAUGUAAAUAGAACAAAAAUGGAAAAUCCAGGAAAGUAUCAUGAGAUGUUAAGGUUAGCGAAGCAGUGGUCAACUGAUGUCAGACAAAUUGAUUCAGAUGUUAACAGACAGUUUCGUGAACAUCAAUUCUAUAGAGAAAGAUAUUCAGAGAAGCAAUGUUCAUUGUUUAAUGUAUUGUGUGCAUAUAGCAUUUAUAAUUCCGAAGUUGGUUAUUGUCAGGGUAUGUCCGGCUUAGCAGGUGUUCUUCUCAUGUAUAUGGAUGAGGAGGAUGCAUUUUGGGCAUUAGCAACACUAUUGUCUGAUAAAAAGUAUGCUAUGCAUGGACUCUAUAUUGAGGGUUUCCCAAAAUUGACCCGAUUUCUACAACAUCAUGAUAAAAUACUCACAAAGUUCAUGCCUAAGUUGAAAUAUCACUUUGAUAAAUAUGGAUUGGAUGCAAUACUCUAUUCACUGAAAUGGUAUUUUGUAUGUUUUGUUGAACGUGUACCAUUUAGCUUAUGUCUGAGAGUGUGGGAUAUUUACUUACUUGAUGGUGAAAGGGUUAUAACUGCCAUGGCGUAUACCAUUUUGAAGCUACAUAAAAAAGCCAUUAUGAAAUUGAAUGAUAUGGAUCUUAUAGUGAAUUAUAUACAGGUUAAGUUGCACAAGGAUUUUGGUUACGAUGAUGAUGUCGUGAUUUACAAUCUAGAGCGUUCAAUGGAAGAGUUGAAACGAGCGAAAUUGGAUUAUCCUGGCCCACCGCCACCAAAUGAGUUGCCAAAGAGAGAAUUAGGUGCGUUUGUAGAGCCUGAUAAGAAAUCUAAAAUUGGUCAGAGGGCUGAAAAUUUUUCUGAUGCAGAAAAACAGGCACGUGCAACAGUUAUAUUAAGGCGUGAGAAAGCAGCACUUGAUCUUCAAGAGUUGAGAGUGUCUCAAAGUGACACAGUGUCAGAGCAUAGCGGAGUGGCCGGCGUCCGAUGCGAGGACUCAGCUUCAGUGCUCGGCUCGAGACGAUCUCUGGCAGACACCAGCGUCACCAGUACAGCGGAUCUUAGCGUGUUCUCCAGUGGACGAUCUCACGUGCCGGACAACUCUCUCGACACUCACAGCAACAUGAGCGACGAUGGCACUGGGUCAGAUGGGUCUGGUGUUUGCGGCUUGAGCAUUCAGAGGGCUCCUUCUACUACACUUUCAACUCCUAGAGCCACUCCUCACCCGCCCUCAGUUUCUCCAAUGUCAGAAGACGUAGUGCGUAUACACGUUACAUACAAUCCCAUUGCGGGUAGCCCGUCACAUUUACACCCAGUCACGCCAACAAAAUUCAACAAAUGCUACACAGAAGAACAACACAAGCCAACCUCUCUCGGGUUUUAUACAAGCAACGGCUCAGCGAAUAUGCCAACAGAUAAUCGUAUCAGAAUACAAGUGGCGUCUGAAGAGCUCUUGACCCCGGUCGUCGACUCGGGUCGUAUCAUAACUCCGCGAUACGUUGAAUCUCAUGGAUUUUACGAUUUCAAAUAAAUACUCUUUGAAUUACUGGCAUACAGAUACGAACUGUACUUUGUUUUGACUAAUUAUAUUAUACGCUUUUGAACACUGAAGAAAUAAAGAACGAAAAUUAAAAAUACUUUAAAAGUUAUAAAAAUAUUUAUUGCGCGAAAACUUAAAUCAAAAAUUGCGACACUAUUUUAUUUCUUCUUUUAUUCAGUUAAUCCUUGUAAAUAUUAUAGUAUUCUUGGGCAUUGCAUGUAGGUUCUAAAUCUCUUAGAGUAUUACAUUCUAAUGAAUGCUUCAUUAUAUAUCAAAGGUAAGAACGACAUAAAAAAUUAGAUACUAGCGGUGAGUACUCAUUCCAUCGAAUUAUACACUUAAAACAAACAUUCGCAUGUAUCACUACUGUUUUAUGUAUGUUGUACAAGCCGGGUUGUUAUUAUAGACUUACGGCCUCACAAAUAAAUAUGGUAUAAAGUUUUACCUGAGAAUAAACCGAUAAUAUGCAAAAUGUUGACUAUAUCCCGGACAACACUGUCAAUACAAUGAUAAUUUUGAAGUUUUCCGAAUGCAGCCUUGCAAAUAAACGCGUCUGAAUAAACCAGUUAUUAGCAAAAUGUUUAUUGGUAAACAUUUUGCAUAUUCUUGGUUUAUUCUCUGGUAUAACUUUAUACCAUAUUUAUUUGAAAGACCGUUACUAUAUAACACAUGCCUUAAACCAGUUUCAACAUUUGAUUCUGUGAUUAUGAAUCAUUAAUUAGCGUCGGUUACCCUACACUACGUACCCAUCAUAAUAAGGUAAUUUUUAUAUAGCCAAUGAUAUGUAUUAUAAUAGCAGAUGAAUUCUUUGGAUACUAUCAGAUACUGUUAUCAUCCUGAGUGUGCAAAAUUGAUGAUUAUAAUUCUAACAACAUUAAAUAAUGUAUUUAGACCUACAUUUGAUUUUCAAUGAUUGUCCAGUAUGCCAGUGAUUGAAGAUGAAAGAAAAAUAUAGUGAGGUAAACAGCAAUAAAUCAGAUUGUAAUUCGUUUAGUUAAUAAUAUUAUAUCAAGUUAUAGAAACGUUUUACUUAUUAUUUUUUUUUGUAUUAAAUUGUUUUAUAAACAUAUACAGUAUAACUAUCAUAAUGUUUGAAUAUAUUUAAUGGCCAUAAGAAUAUUUGAAUGUUAUCGAAACUUUUCCUCCGGCUAGAAUAGUUAUAAAAGUAAUUUUAGCUCAAUACUCAUAAGAUAAGCACGUACGAGUAAAAAAAUAAGAACUCCGUGUCACCUUACAUAACAGUGAGGCAUCAAAACAAGCCGGUAAACGUGUAAAUCCAUAGCUAUACACUUACACUAAUACAAGCCGAUCGGCUGCCAUUAUGAGAUUUGCUAUCGUCUGGGACAGAUGAGUUUGCGUCGCAAUAAAAUAUUUUAAAGAUGCCGUCGUGCGUGGUGAAAAAGUGUAAAAACAAUACUGUAAAGGUAUUUGUGGAUAUAUGAUUAUUUAAGGGAGAAAAAAUUGGGUAACUGGUAUACCCCGUAGCCGCACACACACUAGCAUAAACGUGCUUCACUUGCUAUUAUCACGGCGCGGAGUCCUUCUUUUUUUACUAGUCUGUGAAAAUAAGUUUAGAAAUAUGCCGUCAUUAGAAUGUCGGAGUUGUUUGCUGGAAUUGAUUCGACGGUGCCUAGGAUUGUAAUGAAUUAAAUGUAGUAGUAGUAGGUGCGUUCAUAGACGUUGUUCUUUACAAUACAGUAUUUGUUCUUCAUCCAUUCCGAUUAUUUGUAGAUAAAAUUUAUACUUAAUUGAAUCUCCUUAAGGCAUUGAGUUGAAACUAAUAAAUGAAUGCUAAAGUAUUACAGUGAAUCUAUUACAAAAGAUUAUUACACAUAUUAGAUAGCACAUUUUGUGUUCGUUUCCAAUGUUAAUUUAAUUCCCUUCAAAGUUUUAAAACUGACCAAAUUUGAUAAAUUAGUGCUGGAAUUUUUGGUUGUUCUUAGUAAAGAAACUCUUUGAAUCUUGCACUCAUAUAUAUUCCAUUGAUAUAAGAUAAUUAUAAAUGUACAUGUAUCUAAGUAGUUAUUAUAUACUAGUUGUGUGUGAAUUGUAAGGUUACGCCUUGUGUUAUGCUUUUCCAUUUAUUCGUUAAAGAUGUUUUUCAAAGUUUGUGUGGAAAUAAUGUUUAAAUGUUAGUAAUACUGGGUAAGGUUUGUAAAUUGUAACAAUUUUAUCGUGUAGUUUGGAGAUGAGAUGAUUCUGUUUACUAGUGUACGAAUAAAUUGUUACAAUGAUUGACAAGUUAAUUCCAGCGGAGUUGAAAGCACUGUUCAAAGAUGUGGUGAACUCCAGAUUGCACAUUUACGGCUUUUUCCAAUAUUCAAUCUAUCUCUGGUUAUGGCCCACUUGAGAUAAAAAUCGUAACUAUCGUUUUUUCUUUCCCAAUAAACUUAUCGACGGUAACUCACCUUAUCCGUACACGCUGACUGUCAAUGGGAUGACGUAAAGCUUACUAGUGAUAGAAGUUUGUAUGGAAAAUGAAAUUCACGCGUCCCAAUAUAAGGCGAUAAGAAUGACUUAUCGGGUAUAUUGGGACAGCUUUAGAUUAUUGAUAGCUAAUAACUGACAGUAGAAGGGUAGUAAUUUAUCUCUAUAUGUAGAUAGUAUAUUGGGAACGGCCGUUAAGCAACUUGUGAAUCAAUCCAUUCCAGUGGAAGGUCGGCGCAUGCUCAACCGUUGGUAGCUAAAAAACAGAAAUAUACAAUGAGAAUUGCAAUAAUAUCAGGUUGUCUAUUGUUUAUGAUAUAAAAGAUAAUAUAGUAGUACCGUCUGUUGUGACAUAAUAUUUGUGUGUUAUUAAAUAAUGUAUAAAUAGUAUGGUAACAUUUGUUGGUUCCAUAAUUUGUAAUUAUUGUUGCAGCGAAUAAAUCCUUUAACGGCCUAAGGCCGAUAAAACUGAACACAUUUAAUAAUUCUAUAUUUUUAAAUUGUAGACUCUUAAGUAUAUUAAAAAGUAAUAAAUAAAUUGUUGUCUCUUGCCCUCUGUUUAAAAGUAUAUUCUAUUCAAAAUAGUAUGUGUAAUAUGGUAUAUUAUUAUCGUAGUUUACUGUUCUUAUUAGGCGAGGUAACCUUAAUAUCAAAUAAUUUAUUAUAAUGAAUGACGUUACAGUGGCGAUAAAAUAUAUUUUGGUUUGUUAUGAUCGGUCAAUCAUAUCUAUUAAAUAUAUUCUGCCAUAAUAUGAUAUAAUAAUAAAAUUGAUCGAGGGAUUUCUUUACAAUAUAGGGGGUAAUUUAUGUAAAGACUGCGCCGAGAUGGUACCUAUAUUAUGAAACGUCUCUGAAUAGUCUCCUAGUGUAUCUCUGUAUAACGGGCGUGACGUAUCGCCAGAAGUUUAGUGGUACGAGGCUUCACAGCUGUUAUUAAGCGCAUGGUAGCCUCUGUUCUUCUCUUUUUUUAUAUCAACUCACGGCGAACAGAGUUUACAUGUCGUAUAAAUUUAUAUGAUUAAUUUUUUUAUGCAUUAUGUUAAAGUAAAAGUAAAAAUUUGAACGUCCAGUAAUGUUCUAUAAAUGAGUGCCAUUUUAAAUUUAGAUAGUAUCAAAAUUUACAGUUAUCUGUUUGAGAGGGCCUUUAUUUACUGGUAAAAAGUACACGAAUCGAACAACGACAGUUAAUAAAAUGUAUUGAUUUAAUAUUUUUUUAAAUAAAUGUAAUAUUAUAACUCGGUUGAAUCAAUUGAUAAUGAAAUCCAACACUCAAGGCAUACUACAUCUGUGUCAUAAGUUGAGCACAAAGAGCCUAACCUUCACCAUGUCUCAUUUCAGAUGGAAAAUUGCAUAUACACUCCAAUGUUUACUAUUAGUGUUAUGCGUAUAAAAAAAAUUACCAAUCAGAACUCUCGAUAUCUCACACUGCUAAGUUCAUUCGUGAUUUACCUAGAUUUAUUAUAAUAUCACUAUAGUGUACCCGUAAUAUUACAAUGUCACUAAAACGAGGUCGUUAAAUUGUAAGAAAUGAAGGCGAUUGACGAUCUACCGUUUAAUUAUAAUAUCACUAGUGAAAUUAUAAUAUCACGGCUUUGACAAAAUACCUGCGUCCAGUGACCGCAAAUAAAACAUGGAAGCAAUUUUGUUAUACUAUCUACCGUAGAGUAUUAGCGUCAAAAGUUCACAAAAUUAAGUCACAACACAGUAAACUAUCACUGCAUAAUAAAAAGAGUGUUAUUGGAUCUAGGCCGCUUUGGCUUAUUUUGUCAUGCGCACAACGUGAUUUACAUGAUUGGUUCUCGGAUAGACAUGAUAACGGUAACCAAGGGUAACUGGUUUGCUUGCUUGAUAAUGUCAAUGUUUGUCAGAUAUGUGGACGAUGUAUGCGUUAUAUAUGAGGGGAUCAGUCAUGAUAAAAUAAAUGAAUUUUCGAACUAUACAUAUUAGCUAGAUUAGUAGUAUAUCCUUAAAAAAGGCGUAUAUUUUUCUAAAACGCCGGCAACGCUUCUGUGAAUCCUCUGGUUGUACAGGAGAAUAUGCCCGGCGAUGGUUUCAAUUAAUAACUUUGGAGUAUUAACUUUUUUUUAACCUAAAAAUGAAUUGUCAAUUAUAAUCUUAUAAUAGAAAAUUAAUUAAAACUCAAAACGAAUGUACACAAAACAUACAAACAAAAUUGAUAUGGUUAAAAAGGAAAAUGUAAAUAUACUUAUUGUUACAACACUGAAUAUAAUUUGAUAUUUGAACUAUUUAAAUGAGUCACUUUAUUACUAGAGUAUAAUUUAGAUUCCGUGAAAAAUCGUAAGAAAAUUUAGUUAGUAGUUAUUUAUUUAGUAAUGAUUUUCAUGUCUCUAAUUGGUAAACUUUUAUCCAUAAUCUUUACGACUCUUGUAGGAAUCUAAAUUGAAAAUAACGUGAAAUAAGAAAGGCACUAUACACUUUUUUAUAUAGGACGAGAAGAAAGAGUCGAAAAAAAGUAAACAAUAGCGAAAAACAAAAAAACACAGCGGAAUACCAUUCCACAAGGAGGCAAAAUUAAAACCAAAUCUGUAAGUUACUAAAUAAAUAUUUUAGUUUUGUAAUACAAUGUAAGUAAAAUGUGCUACUACCUAUAGUACGCAUAAUACCAUCCCUCAAAUUUUAUUGUAUUUUUAAGUAAAUGGUCAUCUUACACAUGAAAAGUGAUUCAAUUCCGCUUAGGACGACGAUGCGUAUAAGAUCUGGAUCAUUUUAUAGCACAUGUAUGUAUUUCAAAUACUUGUUUUAUCUGUUUUUUAAAUCCCGCCCGACCAGGAUCCUAUCGUACUCACUCGCCUAACUGAACUGAUCCGCAUGCCGGGACAUCUUAUAAGCCCUGCUCACUAACGGUAUAGUUUUAGUUGCGCUAUUUUAAAGCCACAAAAAUGCUUCAGUGUUUUAUAUGCGUUCAUUGCCUGCGACAAAUAUAAUAUAUAAGUAUAUAGUAUAUAAAGUUAUUUUUUUUAAUGCUACAUAAAAGUUGAAGUUAUAAUGUAAUGAGAUGUGUAAUAAUGUAUUUUAUUGUUUACGAAUCUUAUUAAAUCUGGAUUGUACUAUGAAUUUAUUUAUAGUGAGUAUAGUGCCUAUUCGUACUUUAUUCGUCUCUGGGUGACUUUAACAGACUUCUUAGCUUAUUUUUUUUAAUAAAAUGAAAAUAUAUUUCAUCUCAAAUAAUAUCUCUAAAUCCUUUAUAUAGUUUGAUAAGCUGAAGUCAUAUUUUCAAUAAAGAAAUCUCAAUGUCUGAAUGAUAAUAUAUUUAUGAUAUGACGGCCUUACAAAUAAACUAGCUAUAAAGUUAUACCUGAGAAUAAACCAAGAAUAUGUAAAAUGUUGACUUUAUCGCUGACAACACUGUCAAUACAAUCAUAAUUUUGAAGUUUUCCAAAUGUCAAGCAGCCUUUCGUAUAAACGUGGGAAACGUUAUACGACCGAAUAAACCAAUCAUAAGCAAAUAUCUAUUAGUAAACAUUUUGCAUAUUCUUGGUUUGUUCUCAGGUAUAUCUUUAUUCCAUGCUUAUUUAUAAUGCCGUUACUCUGUUAUUAUAAACGCGAAGUAAAGUUAUUCCAAAUUUUUAAACUUCGUCUUUAUCUUACCUUUGUCACUACGGAAUUGACAUGACAGGGAGAAGUAAUUUUAAACUUGGUGUAACUUUACAUCGCGUUUAUUAAUAAGGCAGGUAGUGUUUAAAACGUUACUAACUUACUAGAGUCAUUGAAAGCAUCUGUAUUCGUUGUUACCAGUGUGUUGUGAUUAAGAUGAUGGAAAAUGGGUCCAAAUGUAAUAAGAUGAGAUGUGAAUAAAACAUUUCGUUUUUUUCCUUCUUAGAAUUUGAAUUUUCAUCUCAAUUCUCAAUCUGGAAGCGAAAAUGUGAGAAUUUUAAGUAUCGUGAUAUAAUCUAUUGAUUAAACAUUCCAUAAUAAAAUUGCAAAAAUUGAAACAUCAGUUAUUAAUAGAUAAUUCAUUAAAAUUGCAUACAUAAUAUUCAAUACAAAUAUUGCAUUUGCUUUCAGUUACAGUAUGUUAAGAGGUAAAUAAAAUAUCAAUUAAUAGCUAAAUAUAAUUACUUACAUUAAAUUUGUAACCAAACUUUAUGAACGAUGCGGGACUCGAACCCGCGACCUUUCGGCUUAUGCUAACUCAGUCUUAUGUUUUUAGUAUGUGUCGCCGUCUUUGACUUACAUUCUGACAUUGACAGUUGAGACUCGAGUCAAUGCUCGUUUGUAUCAUUGUAUGAUUAUUUUAUUACAUUUUUAACGAUCUUGCUUACCUACAAAGAUCACUCACUCAUAUGUAUGACUUGUGUUUGUUAUCUUGGAUUUUACCAAUGGCUUGUUAGUUAAAUAUUAUUUUAAUAAUUAUGGAUGUGUAUGAAUAUUGUGAUUUGUGCAUUUGGAUAGGUAAGUGCCAUGAACUUAUAUAUAUAUAUCUCUUGUCCUGCAGAUUUUGGAUCAUUCAAACGUCUAGAUAGACUAUGGCAGCUGUGAAAACGUCGAAAAAAAUUGAGUUUAGAGUUAACCUCUAUUUUGAGCAAUGCACGCACAUUACUAACACACAACACUAUGUCAUACAAAUCGCGAGUGAAAGACAUAGCUAGUCACGCACACUAAAGUAAUAACCGUGGCCGGUUUUCAUCCGUUAACUAGCGAGGGGCUGUUUCUAGACACUAAAGUAAAAUGUUUUUUUUCUAUAUUAUAGAGAAAAAUAUCAGAAAAUAACCCCAACAUAUCUUACUUUUACUAAAUCUCAUUAUAAUUAAGCAAUUGGAUUGUAAAUAUCGUCAAAAUUGCCAACUUUUGUUUGUUGGUAUCUGUUAAUUUUGACCACAUUCUUUUUUUACAUUUGGGCCCAAGAUCGCAUGCAUAAUAUGGCCUCCUUUUUUCUCGUGCUCGUGUAAGGUUGUCAAAAGUAGGAAAAUUACAGAUAAUAUUAAAAUGUGCAGAAUUAAUUAUUGUAUGCAUGGCAAUUGUACCUUUUAGAAAUUAUACUUUCAGUAAGUUAGGCAUGAGAGUACAUAUUAUAAAUACAUAAGUAUAAAAUGUUCAAUAGAAAUGUUAUUAAUAUAUAAAUUGUUUGUGUGAUUCGUCUGUGAAUUUUUAAGAAAAUUCAUUUGCGGUUUCUCUCAUUUUAUUUUCUACUCAAGUGAUCUUGAUGUUUCAAUUUAUUUUAUUUAUUUUUUAAUUUCAAUUUCACCCCGAUUUUAGCAAAGUGCACACUAAGUGCUGCAAUUUCCAUUUUACUAAUAUAAUUUGUAUUCAUACUGUAGAUAUAUUUGUGUUUUUAGUAAAUAUAUAAAUCAUAUGCUCUGGUCAUGGGUCAGAGAAUAUCGGUGUCUUACCGUCUAUCCUUGUCGCUCACGCAAACAUAUCUGUUCGUCUCUCUCACACAUAUGUGAAAGGUGUUAUAGGUGUUAAAAAUCCUGUACUAUAUUUUGAGGCGAAUAUUGGUAUCAACAAAUAAAUAUUGAUCUCUCAGGAAAUAACCACAUUAAAAAAAAGUAAAAAAAAUAUUAACAUACCUAAUUAUAAAAGAUUGGACACCGCUGCCUGCGGCCAUUUUAAUUUUUCCCCGCCCAUUUCAUUCGUGUACCCUGCGAAGGGCGCGCAGGCGGUGGCAUAAACGAAAGUUUUGUAUUAAUAAUAAACAUCGCCCGCCUUAUUCGUUUGAGCCGCUGCGCCGCGCAGCUUAUGCUAGCUAUACGCCAUUGGAACGAGGCCAGGGCGAUGACCUUAGUUUGCUGACAGAUAAAACAAGUUCAGAAGAUUUUUGAAAACAUUUAAUAUGAAACGUUCUUUUUAUUGUAGCAAUUAAUCUAAGGGGUUUUUUAUUUUAUUUUUAGUAGUGUCUCCGCAUUCAAAUUCAUAUCCGUGUCAAUUAUCGUACAGGGUUUUUUUAAAAUAUUGUAUAUUGCAACUGGUUGUUGGUACUGGGGUUAAAUGUCACAAUAUUUAUCACCUCUGUGAACAGAUUUUUUUUGUAUUGUAUUUAAAAAGAUUAUUACAAAUAUCUGAGUUAGUUGUUAUAAUAAUAUCGCCAAAUUGGUAAUGCGCAGGAAUAUUAAUAAUCACAAUAACACCCACGUGACAUCUACUAAAAAGAACAACGAUUAUGUAUACUAUUAUAUGAUAUUAAGUAUUAAUUGAAUUAAAUAAAAUGGAUAUUUUUCAUAUAAAAAGCCUUCCAAUACCCAUUCAGAUGCGAAAUGACACUUGUCUAUUUGUUAUGUUUCCAUGUUUUAUUUUUUUCGCCUAUUUCAUACUUUACUUACUAUUACAAAAUUUAAAUAGCAUAAUACAAAGGUGAUGUUUAUUAUAUUAUGAAGAAAACAAAACAAUAAUAAAAACAAAAUAAACAAGUUCAAAAUUCAACACUCGAACAAUUAUUAAUACUCGCCAAACUGUGUUGCUAACGAUACUGUUUAAUUUUAGCUUCUAUCCAGGACUGACGUCACUAUAAGAUGGCUGUCGUGCGCAUUGCCAAUUAUGGACAAUAUAUUAACCCCCUUAUUCACAAUAGUCUGCUAACUUAAAGCAUUGCUAAUUCUCACUUUGUCUUCUUCUAUUGACCUAAGUCAGAAUGAGAAAAAACACUCGUUAGCGGCUGUUUAAAGUUAGCGGACCAUUAUGAAUACGGAGGUAAAUGUUUUACGCCCAUAUAAAAAAUUCCACACUCAUAUCUAACGUCAGUAAUGUAUAAAUUUGUAUAAUUUGAAAUUAUUUAUAAUUAAUUUAAUGAUAUUUGUGGAAAUUAAUUUCAUGAUGGUUAAUUGUUUUAAUUUAAUUUAUUUAAGUAAGUACAUUUAUCAGAAGAAAAGUGCAUGUUUAUGUUUGUGAACUUGUAGCUUCUGUAUUGUAUUCUUCGAAUUGUUGAGCUUUCUUGAGAGUGUAGCCAGUAUAUAAACUGAUUCAAAUAAAUGAUAUUUCAAAUAUUAA